GGCGCCGUGCGAUGGGAACAGCGGGGGAUGGAAGAAAUUCUUACAUACCCCGACCUCAUUCAUUAGGAGGGAUUCAUUCCAGUGCAAUGUGGCCACGCCAUGAUGCUUACUUCACUCACUCACUCACUCAAUCACUCUAACUCCUUCACUGACUCAGUGUUCACGCCAAACUCCACACAAACCCCCCCACCCUCCUCCCCUUUGCAAACCGCUCUUUCCAUCUUUGUCUGACUCAGCCACUGCCAGAUUAACUUAAGCCAGCCCACCAGUGGUCUCCAUGAACAAGGGCCUGCACCACGAAAGAGAAAGACAGAGAGGGAGACAGAGAGAGAGAGAGUGAGAGAGGGGGUUCUGGAAGGGGGAGACAGAGAGAGAACUACAGGGGAAAUAGAAAGGGGGGAAGUGAAAAGCAGUGCCGUUUCCAAGUGCUUCAAAGUCUGCGAACCCUAAUCGACUCGUGCUAAACCGAAACCAUCGCUCCUCCCGGUAAAGGAAGGGAAGGGGGAAGCGGAAGAAGACAAGGGCAAGAGCAAGGGAGGCGCAUAGAAAACUAGAACGCGCUCGCGUGCUGGCGUUUGUUCUAGUAAAUCUGUGCGCACGGCCAUGCCUUCCCGCUAAGUUUGUGCCAUUGCCACGGGGGUUGCCGGAUCAUCACCUCCACAGCGGCGCCGCUUUCUUCAAUCGAAGCUGUGCUUUGAUUGAUUAAUUGGCUGGCCCCAUUGAUGCGAAGGGUUUUGCACCUCAGUCAGUCAUGGCAUGGUGUUAGAGGGUGUGGGAACUUGUUACUUCGUACGUGGAAUCCGGCAGAGAGGGAGGGCAAAAGAUGGAAAACGGGCUCCAGGAGUUCGCGGAACAGAUGUUGGCCACGGCGGUGGUCGGGAAGGACCAGGACGUUGUGAAGGUGUUGACGAGCGUGGAGGUCGGCGAUGACCUGAAAGAUACGACGAUGACGGAGGUGGUGGAGGAAAAAGUCGGAGGGGGGGGCGGUGCAGAAGGGGGAGAGGGGGAAGAAGAAGAGGAUGUGUACUCCAUGGAGGUGAGUGACGAAUUGGAGAAGAGAAAUGAGGUUGUUGCGAAGGAGGCCGAGUCGACGGCUGUGGCCGUGGCUCCCCCCGAGCUAGACAAGAAUGAUGACUCUCCGAAGGAGGAAGAUGUGACGAUGAGCACGAUAAACGACGAGCCGACGAGUGAAUCGGGGGCCGCGACCGAGAGAGGUCCGGCAGAGAUCCCAUUUGCCGAGCCGGCAGCCGGCGCGGCAGCAGCAGCAGCAUCCGAAAAAGAAGAUGUGACGGAUCUCAACGAAACACCGAAGCUCGAGCUAGAAAAUGAAAGCGAAGAGAUGAGAGUGAAUGAGGCAAGCCCGACGCCCCCGACGCACGACCUUGUGGAAGCAGCCGAAGAGCUGGAAGUGCCACAAGAAUCUCCGGCGAAAUCAGAAGCCGUGAAAGACGAGGUGGUCGAAAGAGUGAUAAGGCCAGCCUUGGAUGUGAAUGAGCCGGCGGAGGCAUUGAAAACGGUGGAAGGGGUGCAUUCCGACGUCGCGCCCUUCCGCAACGUGAGAGCGGAAGAAGCAAAGGCGCUGCAUGAUGCGGAGACCAAAAUGGUGAGCGCCGCGGCAUGCGUGGCGAACGAAGCAAUGGAAAGCGCGCACGAGGAUGUGCGUGCCGCGGCGCAGGGAGAAGAGGAGGUUGCGCAAGUGAAACUCGAGCCCAAAGAUGAGGGGCAGUCUUCCGGACAGGUCGAUGAUAUUCGCUCGAGCCAAAGUCAGCCGAACGGCGGCGCGGACAUGGCCGUGGAUGCGAAGGAAGGCGACGCAGGCGUGGUGCCGAAGGCGGAGAAGACGGAGUUGGAGCGGGAGAUGGAAUUGUACGAGGCGUCGGAAAGAGAGGAGCAGGUGUGGUUGCUGGCGCCGACGAGAGUGGAGCAGCAAUGCGAGGAGCCAAGCAAGGAUGUGCAGAACGACAGGAAACGUGCCCUGGACAUGCCGACGCAGGAGCGGCAGAGGAAGCAGAGCAGGAGAACGCACGCGGCAGAGGAGCGGAAGAAGGACGAGGAGGACGUGUGCUUCAUCUGCUUCGACGGCGGGGACCUGGUGAUGUGCGAUCGCAGGUCUUGUCCGAAGGCGUAUCACCUGAGCUGCAUUGGGCGCGACGCCGCCUUUUUCAAGAAGAAGGGGGCAUGGUUGUGCGGAUGGCACUUCUGCUCCGUGUGCACGAAGCCCGGAAGCUUUCAGUGUUACACAUGCCCGACAGCUUAUUGCGGGAGCUGCAUCCAGGAAGCGGAGUUUCUGAUGCUGAGGAAGCGGAAAGGAUUGUGCGAGGAUUGUUUGCCGAUAGUGAGCAUGAUCGAGCGGAACGAGACCACGAAUGCGGACGGGGUGGAGGUGGACUUCGAGGAUCAGGACACGUACGAGUGCUUGUUCAAGGAGUACUGGGAGGAUCUGAAGAGGAGGCUGUCGUUGAUCAUGCCGGAGUUGGACAAGGAUGGGAAACCGGUGGGCGGGAUGGGGAGCAUGCUGAACAGCGGGGGGUCGGAAACGGAGGAUCACUCGGAGAACGAGGAGUCGGACAGGGAGUCGGACGAGUCGGAGCAGGAACAUCCGGAACCCGUGGAGGCGGCGAGGAAGGGGAGGGGGAAAGGGAAGAAGGAUAGGAUGGGGUCGGAGAAGAUGGAGGAGGACGUGGACCAGGAGGAGGGGGAGGAGGAGGGGGAGGGGGAGGGGGAGGAAGAGGAGGUGCAGGAGCAGCAGGAAGAUCGGGGGGACAAAUUCGAGAGCUGGGCGUCGCAGGAGCUGCUGGGCUUCAUCGAACACAUGAAAGAGGACCCAACGAAGCCGCUGUCACGGUUUGCGGUGAACAAGUUGCUAUGGAGCUACAUCAAGCGUCACAGGUUGCAGGACGCGCGGAAGAGCAGCCAGAUAAAUGUGGGUGUAGCGUGGCGUUGUGGACAGCGUUGCCUUAACCUGAUGGGGGUCACGUUGCGGGAGUGCGUGGAGAAACUUCAAGAGCUGAGCAGUCCUGCGUUUCGUGCAGCCAAGCUUCAGGCAAGACCCGAGGUGUCGGCGGACCCGCACAUGGACCCGGGGUACGAAUCGGACGUGAACGAGAUGUCACCGCUGCAAGUGGGUGGGCGGAUGUUUCGGGCGAAGGGCGCAGCGAGCAGUCGAUGGGAGAAAGGCGGUGGGAGCGGCGGCGGCGGCGGGGGGUGGGACGGUUUGAACGUGGAGGAGUCGUCGUUUUACCCCGGCAGGAAAGGCGAUGCGGAUGGUCAGAGAUCGAAGUCGAGCUGGGAGGAGACGAGCCGGAGCAGAGGUUACGGUCGCGGUGGGUACGAUGCAGGGCGCAGCGGCGAGAAGGUAGGAGCAGGUCGCGAAUCGAGUUACGGUGUGGAGGCGAAGACGUACGGGAGCGACGAAAGGGAUAGGCGGGUAUGGGACAAGGAUUGGGAUAGGGAGCAAACGCGAGAGCAGGAGCGCGGUCGCGGGGAUGCGUACAACUGGAGCAGCAGCGGCGGACGGAACGGGUUGGACGCGUGGGGCGGGGAGGUCGGGGAGGCGAAGUACGGGCGAGGAGAGACGAGAACCGGGACGACACCGGUGUUCGGGCAGCCUCGGACGGAGUGGGGGAGCACGAGAAGAGAGGCUGCAUCGACGGCGAGUGUGUCGAGCACGCCGGUAGGUUUCGGUCCAGCGACGCCGAGCAUACAAAACCUGGCUGCGUUGGAGAAGGAGAAGCUGUGGCACUACCAGGAUCCGACGGGAACAGUGCAGGGGCCGUUCACGAUGGAGCAACUGAGGAAAUGGAACACGACAGGGCUAUUCCCGGUGACGCUGACAAUCUGGAAGACGGGUCAGUCGCAAGCGGAGUCGAUGCUGCUGACGGACGCGUUGGCGGGGCGGUGGAAGGAGGAGAUUUGGGGAGGUGGGGCGGGGGGCGCGGGUCGGAGCAGGUCGAGGGAAUUGGUAGGAGGCGGGUCUCCAACGCCCCGGGCGAACUCAGCGUGGAGCGUGAUGGAAGGGGGACUGGGUGCGAGUCGAGGCGAGGUGGGUGCAGCGGUGAGCAGCACGGAGUGGGAGUCCCGAGAUGCAGCAGAGCGAGGUGGGAGCUGGGCGAGAGUUGCAAGCAGUUUCGGGGGCGUGUCUUCGGGGAGCGGACGAGCAGUGGAGGAGUGGAGCGGCGCCAGGGCCCGGGCGGAGCCGGAAAGUUGGGGCGGGCCGUCUCGGAAAGGCGACGGCAGUAGUUGGGGAGGGAGCGAGAGCGGGAAGAGCACGUACGGUCGGAGCAACUCGAGUCGCGAGUACGAAGGGGCAGCGGGUCGAGAAGGGUCUCGAAGUAGUCGGGGACCUCGAGGAUCAAAGAAGGACGUGCCGUGCAGGUUCUACGCGAAGGGUUAUUGCAAGAGAGGAGACGCUUGUGAAUUUUGGCACGGUUGAGAGGAGAGCCCCGGGGAAUGGGACGUGGGCGAAAUUUUGUUAUGAGAUAUUUAUUCAUUGAAUACGUAGUGGAGGUGAGGUUUUGUUUGCAGUAGUAGUGAUGUAGAGGGAAGCUCUCUUCUGUAUGCUGCAUACUUGAUUUGGUUUUAGUGUAGGGUGGAACGUAUUUGUGGACUUUGGAUAGGGACGUGGACGUGGGAGGGGUUUGGUUUGAGAUAUUAGUUGUGGACGUUGUUAAUAUGGGCGGAAGCUUCGAAUAGAGUCUGGUGCGCGGCAUGCUUGAUCGUGUCGUUGGACUCAUUAUGUUAAACGAGAUUGUGAUGGGUCGAAUGGUGAAGGCCGGUAUACCUCAUUGGUGGAGUAUUGUUGUCUGA